AUUUUCCGUGGCCAUUCCCCUUUUUACUCUUACCACCAUCUUCCUUCCGCAACGACAGGGUCUAGCGUCGUCUCCUCCAUGCCUCGGCAUACGGUCUGUUCUCUUGUCGCGCUCGUCAUCCUCGAAGAUAUUGGCUGAAGGGCUGUCAAUGGAGAGGGUUGCCCGUCAUGAAAAUAGGCUUUGUGGUGAAGUCGUCGGCCCUGCUUGUGAUCCUUUGGAAUUUCCGGUCUAUCGAUGCCGUACGCGUAUCUAUUGAGACGCCAGUUGCUGAAAUAGGGUUGUUUUGGCGGAGCUGCAAAAGCCUGCCCUCCCGAGUUUCAGGAACUAUUUGUUCGCUUCUGUGGACGACAUUGCCAGCACCACUUGCUUCGUUAGUCGCCGACACGAGAUUCGCUCGCGAGUUCUGCUACCUGUGGUCACAAGCCUAGGUGGUAGUUCUCAAUAAUGCGACGUUCUCAGCUGCCUCUGUACAUGGGUACGUUGGCUUCGUCGG